AGCUAAAAUGCAAUCAGUAAAUCCGAAAGAUCUUCCGGAAAACCCUCGGGAACAUUCCAAUUUUAUUGCCUCGGCUUGUUUCUGGCACACUAUACCCACUUUUAUCAAAGGACGAAAGCAGACAUUAGGUCUUAAUGAUUUAUACAAGGUCUUAAAAGAGCACAAGUCGGACACUUUGGGAAACCAAUUCGGUAUCCUAUGGGAUCAAGAAAUCAAAACUUCAAAAGAGAAGCCCAACCUGUUGAGGGUUCUACUGCGGAAGUAUGGCUGGUACUAUGGACUUCUUGGUCUCGUGAUGGUUUUCUUUGAGGUUGUUCUUCGAGGGAUACAACCGCUUAUCCUGCGAAGCCUUAUUUAUCAAUACAGCCAGGAUUCGGGCUCUAAAGGGGAUGGAAAUCUAUACGCAGGCUGUCUAAUUCUUUCCAGCAUUUUAGGAUCCAUUUUAUUACAUCCAUACUUGUUCGCAGUGUCACAUAUGUGUUUCAAGAUCCGCGUGGGCUUGAGCAGCUUGGUUUAUAGAAAGGCUCUGCGGCUUAGCAAAGCAUCCUUAAGGGACACCACCUCAGGACAUGUGGUUAAUCUGAUAUCCAACGACUUGGGUAAACUUGACGGCAAAGUCUAUCAGGGUCACUAUCUGUGGGUGGGUCCUUUGCAAACGAUUCUAAUCACUUAUGUGAUGUACCAGGAGAUUGGAUUCGCUGCCGUACUUGGAGUGGCUUUUAUUGUGCUCUUCAUUCCUCUGAAUCUAUAUGUGGGAAAAAUAUCCUCAAAGCUGAGGUUAAAGUCGGUCUUGCAAACCGACGAACGUGUUCGGGUUAUGGGAGAGAUCAUUUCGGGCAUCCAGGCGAUUAAAAUGUAUGCCUGGGAGUUGCCCUUCGAGCGGAUUGUGUCCUACAUCCGCGAAAAGGAAGUAAAUGUCAACCGAAGAAGGGACUUCAUUACAGUUAUCAUCUACUCGUUGGCCAUAAUUGUGAGUCGUGUCUCUACCUUCCUCAGCUUGGUGGCUUACGCCAUGAUGGCCCCGGUUCUGACAUCAGAAACAGCCUUCCUAAUCAUCUCUUAUUACAACAUCCUGCGGAAUUCGAUGUUUGUUUUUUUCCCCAUGAGCAUGACUGAGACGGCGGAUUUCUGGGUUUCCCUCAAGCGAGUCCAAGACUUCUUGCAAUUGGAAGAGAUAGAACAAAUAACUCAGAGUGAACCAGUGGAUGACCCAGCAAAGGACGAGGUUGAGAGCGAAGAAAUGACUUUACUUUCAUCCAAUUGGAUUUCCUCCAAAAGGGUCAGCCCUUUGAAAUCAGAGCUUUCUGUUUCGGGAUUAACAGCCAAAUGGGACCUAAAGACUCCAGAAUUUACUCUGAAUGGCAUAAGCUUGCAGGUCAAGUCCGGAAACUUACUGGCAGUUGUGGGCCUCACUGGAUCGGGUAAGUCCAGUCUGAUCCAGGUCAUUCUCGAGGAGCUGCCCAUUAUUUCUGGGAAGAUCGAAAAAAGUGGAUCCAUAUCGUAUGCUGCCCAGGAGCCCUGGAUCUUCUCCGGCACGGUGCGCCAAAAUAUCCUUUUUGGACAGCCCAUGGACCACCAAAGGUAUUGGAAGGUGGUGAAGGAUUGCGCUCUCCAGCGUGACUUCGACCUGCUCCCCUUUAAAGACAAAACUAUUGUUGGUGAUCGAGGAGCUUCCCUGUCGGGAGGGCAGAAGGCGAGGAUCAGCUUGGCCAGGGCAGUGUAUCGGGAGGCCUCCAUCUACCUGUUGGACGAUCCACUUAGUGCGGUGGAUACCCAUGUGGCCCGCCACAUCUUUGAGAAGUGCAUCCGGGGAUAUCUGCGCGAUCGUAUCGUCAUCCUGGUCACACAUCAGUUGCAGUUUAUUCAGCAAUGCGAUGAGGUCUUGGUGUUGGACAAGGGCCAAGCCAUUGCUGCGGGCUCUUACGAAUCUCUUCGUGACUUGGGAGUUGACUUUGCAACAUUCCUGAAGCAAGUGGAGAGCCAAGGAAAGGAAAAGGAAGCUGAGGACGUCCCAAAGGAGCCUCCGCCAUCGGAAAUGCAAAGGAGUCAGAGUGAGAAAUCUUUAAAAUCGUUGGGGGAUCCUUUUCUGGAGGAUGAGUACAAUAAACAGGACAUGAGACAGGAGCAACAAGCCUCUGGCAAUGUCGGACUGGACGUGUACAUGAAGUACAUAAAGGCUGGUGGAGGAGUUGGUGCUUUUUCGCUGAUGUUUAUGGCCUGGGCCAUCUUCCAAGGACUUUCUUCUAUGAGUGACUACUUCCUGACCCACUGGGUCAAUCAGAACAAAGGCGAUAAUAAUCUUGAGGCUUCCCAAGGAAAGCAGUAUCCCUUCAGUGAUUGGCUGGAGGCCUUAGGAUUGUCGCUGGAUCCCAAAAAGUUUGACGUCUUGGUGUAUUCCUUGCUUAUACUCCUAACUAUUCUGGCUUAUAUUAUUGCCAUAAUGAUGCUAUUUAGGUGCACUAUAUCGGCGUCUGUUAGGAUGCAUAAUUCCAUGUACAAUUCGAUUUCGCGGGCCUCCAUGUAUUUUUUCAACACGAAUCCCUCUGGCCGGAUUAUCAAUAGAUUUUCCAAGGACUUGGUGCAGAUAGCUGAGCUCCUACCCAACGCUGUGCUCGACCUCUUGGAGAGUUUCUUUGCCCUACUUGGAGUUUCAAUCAUUAUAGCAAUUGUGAAUCCCAUUCUUCUCAUUCCGACCAUCAUCCUAACCUUCAUUUUCUAUCAGCUUCGCAUAUUUUAUUUGAAAACCUCUCGAGACUUGAAACGAAUUGAGGCCAUAACUCGAUCACCCGUCUACUCCCAUGUCACGGCAUCCCUCUCUGGCUUGGCCACCAUCCGGGCCUUUGAGUCCAGGCACCUCCUGGAACAGGAAUUCGAUACCUGUCAGGACAUGCACAGCUCAGCCUUCUACAUGCUCCUGAGCUGCUCCCGUGCCUUUGCCAAUUGGCUGGACUUUUCCUGCUCACUUUUCGUAGGCAUUGUAACACUCAGUUUCUCCUUUUUUCCACCUGAAAAUGGAUCUCUGGUUGGACUGGCCAUAACCCAGGCCAUGAUCUUAAUAGGUUAUGUGCAGUGGGGAUUGCGCCAAUCCGCGGAAGUGGAGAACACUAUGACCGCCGUGGAACGAGUGGUUGAGUAUGACGACCUUGCGCCGGAGGGUGAGCUAGAGGCACCUGCGGACAAGAAGCCUCCGAAGUCAUGGCCAGAGGAGGGAAACAUUGUCUUCGACGAGCUCAGUCUGCGCUACGUGCCCGAUCCUAAGGCGGACAACAUCCUGAAGUCUCUCAGCUUUGAGAUUAAACCUCGCCAGAAGGUAGGAAUCGUUGGACGCACCGGGGCGGGCAAGUCUUCACUGAUCAACGCCCUCUUCCGCCUGUCCUACAACGACGGAUCCAUCCUAAUCGACAAAAGAGAGACGAACGCGAUGGGUCUUCAUGAUCUGAGGAGCAAGAUCUCCAUUAUUCCCCAGGAACCGGUGCUUUUCUCUGGUAGUAUACGUUACAAUCUGGACCCCUUUGAGGAGUACAGCGAUGAGAAGCUGUGGCGUUCCCUGGAGGAGGUGAAGCUGAAGGAAGUGGUGGCUGAUCUGCCCAGUGGCCUGCAGAGCAAGAUCUCGGAGGGCGGGACCAAUUUCAGCGUGGGUCAGAGGCAGUUGGUCUGCCUGGCCAGGGCCAUUUUGCGGGAGAACCGCAUCCUGGUGAUGGACGAGGCUACGGCCAAUGUGGAUCCCCAGACGGACGCAUUCAUUCAGGCCACGAUCCGUAACAAGUUCAAGGAGUGCACUGUUCUCACGAUAGCCCAUCGCCUGCACACGAUCAUGGACUCGGACAAGGUAUUGGUCAUGGACGCCGGACGAGUGGUAGAGUUCGGUACUCCCUAUGAGCUGCUGACGGAGGCAGACUCCAAGGUGUUCCAUGGCAUGGUGAAGCAGACGGGGCAGGUUACCUACGACCAACUGCUGGAGAUCGCUCGAACAACACACUCGGUCUAGUGUUUAUCUUUGGAAAAAUUUUGUGAGCAAGGACAAUGAAUCCUUAACAAGGCUAAGAGGGAGGAUACUUAUAUUUUAAUACAAAUUAUUUUCAAAAUUAUAGCGUUUAUGGAAUAAAAUAAAGGAAUUCUGUUAUUGUUAUG